AUGGCGCGCGUCCUCGCGCGGUGGCUCCCCUGGGUUCGACCCCCCCCGCGCGACGGCGACGACGACGACGCGAGCGGGGAGGCGGCGUCGUCGCCUCGCGUCCCCCGAGACGCGACCACCGCCGCCCCCCGCGACGACGCCGCGCCUCCGCCGCCGCCGCCGCCGCCGCCGCCGCUCCCGCCCGCGCUGGCGACCGCGUGCGUCGUGUGCGACGCCGCGUGCGACGUCGCCUCGCACGCGCUCCCGUGCGGGCACUGCCUGUGCGAUCGGUGCCAGAUCGGCUGCGCGAAGGCGUACGUGGAGGGCGGGAGAGCCGCGGGGCGCAGCCUCCGCUGUCCCGCGCUCGUCGCGUCCCCGACCGCCAGACCCGGUCUCGGCCCCGGCCCCGUCGUGGAAGAGACCGACGCUCCCUCGGCGCGAUGCCCGCGCGAGCUCGCGUCGGACGACCUCCUCGCGCUGACGCCCGUCCUCCGCGCGCGCGUCGACCGCGCGCGUCGCGAGCGCGCCGCGGGCGAACGCCGCUGCCGCCGGUGUCCCACCUGCCGAACCCCCGUCAAACGCGACGGCGGGUGCGCGCAGAUGUACUGCAGGCGCUGCAACACGUCGUGGUGCUGGCAGUGCGGGCGCGAGUGCGGCGGGGAAGGGCGGCACUACGGCUUGCUGUCGUUUUGGGCGUGCCCGGCGAUGCAUUUCCCGACGCGGAGAGUCAACCCGGCGGUCGUCUUCGUCGCUCGAUGCGUCGCCGCGGUCAAUCUGAUAGUCGCCGCCGUCGUCGUCCUCGUCCUCGCCGCGCUCGCGCCGUUCACCGCGCCGUUCCUCGCGACCGGCGCGUUCGUGCGCACGCUCGCGCACAAGCUCCGCGCGGAGGAGGUAGAAGACGAAGGAAUAAACGGCGCUCCCCUGGACGCCGAGGCGAAAGCCGCGGAGAUCGUGUCGGCGCACGUCGAGUGGUCGUACGCCGUGAUCGCCGGCUGCGGCGUCGACGACGACGACGCGAUCUUCCCGGACGCGAUCGAGAAACUCAAGCACGACCUCGUGGAGGCGGUCGUCGUGUGCGUUUACCCCAUCACGCACGACUUUAAGUUCAUCGCGGACCGCUGGAAGUGCGCGCAUCGCGCGUGGCGGGGAAUCGUCGUGACGUGUCCGCUGUACUGGCUCGGGUGUUUUUUCUGGCAGCUGAUCACGUUCGCGAUCGCGUACGCGCAGGCGUUGUGGACGCAGUCCAUAGCCCUGAGCGAGAUCGAGCUCGAGCCGUGCCCGGACCCGGUGUUUCACGCCGCGGCGUUGCAGUCGGCGUUCGCGUCGCGGGUUUUCAUCGGCGGCGUCGUCUCCGCGGCCAUCGCGCCGGCGUUUUUCGCGUACUGGCUGCUGGUGCUCCUCUUCGCGGCGACGGGAAAGAUCUUCUCGCCGCGGUGUCGCCGCGGCGCGCGAUUCCGGGAGGCGCCGUGA